UUACGAAUGUGGUACGCCAUUGUUGGACAAUUGACUUGAUUGAAAGAGUUAUUAAUUCGGGACCGUUUUUUUUUCGAAAAUUAAAAAACACAAGCAAGUACGGUACCGUGGCGUGAGGACGUCGGACUUUCGGUACGUUUAGUGCAAUAAAGUGCGUUUUUUUGUGGGCCAGUGAUUUCGUGGCGGUACAAAAACAAGUGAAACGGCGUAGUCAAUGUCAGCAGGCGUGUCAGAUCAGCGGAUGAAAGGACAGGGAAAUCAAGUGUCCAAUGGCCCUAAGGAGCAGUUAGGAGCAGGUGAAGGAGCAACAGGCUCUGAAGAUUUUGAACCAUGGCGAUCACAACAGCAGAACUCAGCAGCCCACACCGCCUACAGUGCAUCCGUUCCAAUUUCAACCGCAACCGAUUUAUACACAGCAGGUUAUUAUGGCAGCGGAGGAACUUAUCCGUAUCAGGCUUAUGGAGUCGGGGACGGAACUUGGUCGAAUGGAACAGAUCCCAUGACUUUUCUAAGCGGUUAUCCUCACGAUUCUUAUUCUAUGGACGCAAAUCUGUCGUUCUCAGGAAUGUUUGGUCCAUCGACGACAUUCUCGACACCAACGCCGUUCGGUCAACCAUCGUCUUUCAAUUAUUUCCCAAGCAAUGGCGAUUACAACACUUGGAGCAACCAGAGGAAGUACGACGAGUAUUAUCGCGAACCCCAAAACAUCUAUCCACCCGCCAUUCACGAUUCAGCUAUCAAAAUUGUCGAACAAGCAAUGCAAAAUUUGGACUUAAAAACUCCAUCUGGAGAUGCUAAAGAUUCAUUGAGUCAACCCAAAAAGACAACAUGGGCUUCUAUUGCCAGUCAACCUGCGAAGCCGCAAUUAACAGUACAGAACCAAGGUUUGAAAAAGAAAGGACCUGGAAUGCCACCAGGUCCCAUCGUUCCAGGGAAGCACAACAUGGAUAUUGGAACAUGGGACACAAAGAAUACCCCACCACAAAUUCCAGUUGUGAACAACCCAGUACCAAAACCCAUUACACCCAGUAUACCUGUUCGACAAGGUUGGAAUGGCCCGCCGACGAAUCGACCUCCACCCGCAGCUCCAAGACCUGGCCCAGGACAACAUCCUCAACAUCCCAUGCAAUCUUAUCAACCGCCAGCAAUGAUGCCACCUCAUUUACCACCUACAGUAAAUUUACCUGCCGGAGCACCAGUGCAAAUGAUAAUGCCAACACCCGCACCGACUCCAUCUCACCCAGUUUUGGACGAAUUGCGCGGUAAAAACAACUAUAACCCGUCAGAGUUUGAUUUGACGGCUCCAAACGCGCGUUUUUUCGUGAUAAAAUCGUAUUCGGAGGACGAUAUCCACCGCAGUAUCAAGUAUGAGAUCUGGUGCAGUACGGAACACGGCAAUAAACGUCUCGAUCAGGCGUAUCGUGAACGCGAGAACACUGGUGCAGUGUACCUGUUCUUUUCGGUGAACGGUUCCGGUCAUUUUUGCGGUAUGGCUCAAAUGGUUUCCGCGGUCGAUUACAAUUCGAACAGCUCCGUGUGGUCGCAGGACAAGUGGAAAGGUCAGUUUAAAGUGCGCUGGAUCUACGUGAAGGACGUUCCGAACGUUCAACUGAGGCACAUCCGUUUAGAGAACAACGAGAAUAAACCGGUAACGAACUCUAGGGACACGCAGGAGGUGCCGCACGCGAAAGGGUUGCAGGUGUUGCGAAUUAUGCAUUCAUAUCGGCAUUCGACGUCGAUUUUCGAUGAUUUUGUGCAUUAUGAAGAGCGUCAAAAGGAGGAGGAUAGCAGGAAACAACCGGAAUGUGGGACCGUUAUGGGUAAUAAAUCGGGUGGGAAUCAUGAAGGUGGUGGCGGGGGUCACGGUGGUGGAAGGGAUCAUCGCGAUCGGGGGGAUCAUAGAGAUCGGGGCGAUCAUCGUCGUAAUCAUGAUCCAGAUAAAGAUGGCGGUCAUCGACAGGGUGGUCAUAGGAAUAAUGAUCACCAUAGUGGUGGUCACCAUAAGGAUCGAAGUGACAAUAAUAGAGGGAGAGGGGGCCGAGGACGAAACUAAGCAAAAAAAGAGAAAAUUCUAUAAAAAUGGCUAACUAACAAAAAAUUAUAUAUUAAAAAAAAAUCGAAAAAAGCAUAUUUACAGUCAUCAAUUACAAAAGAUACAAUGUUCUUUUUGUUAAUCAUCAUUCUUGUAGCGGUCACUGUAUAUCUGUUUAAAAAAAAAAAUAGCUUUUUCAAAAACAUUCAUCCUGCUGAUAGACUUCCAAAAAAAAAAAAAAU